UGUUCCGAUCAGUAUCAUGACAGGCUCACCAGACAGAGAGAUGUUCUGACGAAGUUGGUUACAUGUCGCACUGUACGCAUGUUAUCAAUGAAGAUUUUUGGUCAGAUUUUGAAAUCACCAGCCAGCUGCCACGUUGUUUAGAAGACGAACGGAUGAAAAAACAAAUUCAUACAAUGCUGACAGAAGAAAGCUCAAGGCCUUUGAACUGAUGUGAACAUUCUGUAGAAUCAGAGUCCACUGGAUGGAUAUUGCCGAAGAGGAUCAGUCAUGCGGUGGCCAGCUGCUUUUCUCUUGCUUCGACUGACAUCUUGCAUUAUUCUUCAUGGUUUGGAUGUCUCUGUGUCAGAAUUUCAGCCAGCAGUUGGAUGUCCAGAAAGCUGUUUCUGCUCAGAUAUGGUUAAUGGUGGGCUGGUGGUUAGUUGUAGCAACAUGCACUUGCUUACAGUGCCACAUGGGUUUCCAAACACAACACAACAUCUUUACCUGGAUAACAACCUGUUGGCUAUCAUACCAUCUGAUUCCUUUAUAGGCCUGACAAUGCUAUGCGGGCUGGAUCUUUCCCACAACAGGCUGACCCACCUCGAGCCCGGAGCUUUCCGAGGUCUGGCGGACUCGUUGAUUAGCCUAGAUCUUUCCUCCAACCAGCUGGAGACACUGGACCCGGAGGUGCUUGGUGACAUCCGGGCCCACACAAAUCUCUCCCAUAACCCUUGGCAGUGUGACUGCCGUCUACAGCUGGCUAUGCCACAACUGCUCCUAGACCCGUCCUCCCUCGCUGAGGUGGUGUGUAACAGGUCUGAACCGGAGGAGUUGAGGGCUCAAGGUUUGCCUUUUAUUCUGGUAGCGACUGAUGUUGACUUUUGCAGGGGAUUCAGGAAGACCACUGACGUGGUUAUGCUGAUCACAAUGUUUGUCUGGUUUACAAUGGUUAUAUCUUACUUGGUUUGCUACGUAAGGCACAACCAGGAAGAUGCAUUACGUCAUCUAGAAUACCUCAUGUCUCUCCCAAAAAUACAGGGUAGAUGAGAGGAGUCACUUAGCACCUGGCUGUAAAUACAAAUAUGAUGUUGAUAUUGUUUACAUAGAAUGCCAUAUUCUCAGUUAUCAAAGUAAAGUGCGAUUUUUUUAUAAUUGUACAGAAUUUGUCAAUUUACUCUAAUGUGCACAAACGUGUUGGCUAUUUAAGUCAAAGUAAUUAUUACCAUAAUAUACACUCAACUAAAGGAUUAUUAGGAACACCAUACUAAUACUGUGUUUGACCCCCUUUCGCCUUCAGAACUGCCUUAAUUUUACGUGACAUUGAUCCAAUGCUGAAAGCAUUCUUUAGAAAUGUUGGCCCAUAUUGAUAGGAUAGCAUCUUGCAGUUGAUGGAGAUUUGUGGGAUGCACAUCCAGGGCACGAAGCUCCCGUUCCACCACAUCCCAAAUAUGCUCUAUUUGGUUGAGAUCUGGUGACUAUGGGGGCAUUUUAGUACAGUGAACUCAUUGUCAUGUUCAAGAAACCAAUUUGAAAUGAUUCGAGCUUUGUGACAUGGUGCAUUAUCCUGCUGAAAGUAGCCAUCAGAGGAUGGGUACAUGGUGGUCAUAAAGGGAUGGACAUGGUCAGAAACAAUGCUCAGGUAGGCUGUGGCAUUUAAACGAUGCCCAAUUGGCACUAAGGGACAACAUCCCCCACACCAUUACACCACCACCACCAGCCUGCACAGUGGUAACAACGCAUGAUGGAUCCAUGUUCUCAUUCUAUUUACGCCAAAUUCUGACUCUACCAUCUGAAUGUCUCAACAGAAAUCGAGACUCAUCAGACCAGGCAACAUUUUUCCAGUCUUCAACUGUCCAAUUUUGGUGAGCUUGUGCAAAUUGUAGCCUCUUUUUCCUAUUUGUUAUUUUCCCUUUUCACACCAUUCUUUGUAAACACUAGAAAUGGUUGUGCAUGAAAAUCGCAGUAACUGAGCAGAUUUUGAAAUACUCAGACCGGCCCGUCUGGCACCAACAACCAUACCACGCUCAAAAUUGCUUAAAUCACCUUUCUUCCCCAUUCUGACAUUCAGUUUGUAGUUCAGAAGAUUGUCUUGACCAGGACCACACCCCUAAAAGCAUUGAAGCAACUGCCAUGUGAUUGGUUGAUUAGAUCAUUGCAUUAAUGAGAAAUUGAACAUGUGUUCCUAAUAAUCCUUUAGGUGAGUGUAAGUAUAAAAAAGUGCAUGAAAUCUAAAAUGUUUGUUAAUCUAUUGUACAUCUCAUUUUGCACGCCCCCAUCAUAAUCGAUUUACGACAUUAACCCCCUAAGACCAUCACAUUUUUAGUUGUUUGCACCAUAAUACUUAAUUCUGGACAUGGACAAUUACACUGCUUCAUGUAAAAAAAUUUUUAAUUAUAUUUAUUAAUUCUUCCUAACCCCAAAUAGCUGGAAGAAAUCUGGAAAAAGACAAACCCAAGCUUGGGUCUGAGGAUGUUAAAUAGAUUUUGCUUGCAUUCCAAUAAUUAAAGGGAUAGUUCACCUUAAAAUGAAAAUUCUGUCAUCAUUUACUCAUCCUCAUGUUGCUCUAAACCUGUAUGAUUUUAUUUUAGAAGAUAUUUUGAGAAAUGAUGGUAUACACACAGCAGAUAGUGACCAUUGACUUUCAUAGUAGGAAUAGAAAAUAUGAUGGAAUUUAAUGGGUACCGUCAACUGUGUGCUUACUAUCAUUUAUCAAAAUAUUUUCUUCCUCAUUUAUCACAAUACUUCCAAAAUAUUCUUUUCCUACUAUGGAAGUCAAUGGUCACUAUCAGCUGUGUGUUUACCAUCAUUUCUCAAAAUAUCUUCUUUUGUGUUCAUCAGAAAAAAGAAAUUCAUACAGGUUUACAACAACAUGAGGAUGAGUAAAUGUGAACUAUUCCUUUAAGCCAAUUAUGUCCACUAGGUGGCAGAAACACAUCACCUGUAUUAUGGAAACGUGAGCAUUGCUGGCGCAGUAUGUCCCACUUGUCUGUAAGCUACAUACAUAUACAGGUGACCCAUAAAAAAGAGUUCAGCAAAGUUACACAGAGCAAACAUUGUUUAUUAGGAAAAUCUAAACUUGUAUUAUUCAAAAUAAUAUCCAUUUUCUUCACUUUUAAAAAUAAAGGUGCUUCAUGAAUGGCUCUAUAAAGCACCUUUAACAUCUGAAGUACAUUUCUGUUUCACAAAAGAUUCUUUAAAGUGAAAAAGGUUCUUCAGAUAAUAAAAAUGUAUAAAAUGAAAGGUUCUUAAAGAAUCUUUGACUAAAUCUGGUUCUUUAGAGAACCACCAAAGGUUUUUCUAUGGCAUCGCUGUAAACAACCUUUUUAAGCACCUUUAUUUUUAAGAGUGUUCUCAUAAUGCUUAAAAUUACCAAUUGUAGCCUACACAAAGUCAAAAACCCAACAAAAAUAUGAAAUAAAAAUAAAUAUAUAGUUUUGUUUUAAUGUAGCUUGCUCCUUUUAAUUAUUCCCAAGAGAAAAAUCCACCUUUUGUUAAAGUCUGUGUAACCUUAUGUAACAGGCCUCUGGUCUGGUUUGAAAGCAUCAUCUGUACAAUUAGGAGUCGCUUAUUCAUAAUGGAAUUUCCUGCCAUUUUACAGUCUUUUCUCUGAACGUCUAAAAUCAGAUUGGCAGCUGUCCCGCUGUGACCGGGACAGAUAAGACUGUUUUUGACAACAGUCAGGUGCAGCUUACAGGAUUACACAAGGACAAAAUCACCAUAGUGAUGUGAAGUAGUGAUAUUUUCUACAGUGCAUGUAUGUAUGUGGGACAGAUAAGACCAUGCACUUUAUAUUUCCAAACUUUAUGUAGAGAAGCAUUUAUGUGUGUUUAAAUGAAAACCAGACAGGAAGUGCAAUCUACUUCCAAGUUAAAACCUAAAUGCAUCUAGAUUAGCUUCCAAAAAUCCACUUUAUAUUUUCAGCACUGUCCAAGUGCAAUUAAACAUGGGAAUAAAUCACAAAGCCCAAGAUGCCAGCCGUUCUGUCCAAAAGAAAUGAUACUUCACAUGCUUUGGCAGCGAUACCCAUGUAUGUAAUGUAAUUUAAUGAUUGUGUGUUUGUUAACGUAUACGUUUAGACUGUAUUGUGGGGACCAAGUUUCUGAAAAUGUACUAAUAGUAAAUAUGUAAAACUGAAUGAGAAUGUAAUCUUCACUAGUUGAAAGCGUAAUAAUAUUAAACAAAAUUUCUUUUCACCAAUGGUUUUGCA